ACCGAGACUGGUGGAUCAUCAACAGGUGGAUCUUCAACUGAGACUGGUGGAUCAUUAACAGGUGGUUCUUCAACCGGUGGUUCAUCAACCGAGACUGGUGGAUCAUCAACAGGUGGAUCUUCAACUGUGACUGGUGGAUCAUCAACCAGUGGAUCUUCAACUGAGACUGGUGGAUCAUUAACAGGUGGAUCAUCAACAGGUGGAUCAUCAACUGGAGGUUCUUCAACCGAGACUGGUGGGUCAUCCACUGGCGGCUCUCCAACAGGUGGUUCUUCAACCGAGACUGGUGGAUCAUCAACAGGUGGUUCUUCAACCGAGACUGGUGGAUCAUCAACCAGUGGAUCUUCAACUGAGACUGGUGGAUCAUCAACUGGUGGAUCGUCAACAGGUGGAUCAUCAACAGGUGGUUCUUCAACUGGUGGUUCUUCUACUGAAACCGGUGGAUCUUCAACAGCUUUUAGUUCGUCUAGUAUUGCUAUUUCCGAAACGUAUAGCUCAUCUAUCCCAAUUUUAUCAUUUUUGUCAAGUAGUGCUUACUGGAGCAAUUCAAGUGUGGCUGCAUCAUCUAGUACUUAUUCUUUGUCAGCCUCAUCAUCAUCAGGUAGUAGUUCCAUCACAGGUAUCAAGUCAUCGUCUGCUGUAGGUAUUACGUCGUCAGGUGGAUCAUCAACUGAGACCGGUGGGUCAUCUACUUCAACCGGCGGUUCUUCAACUGGUGGUUCUUCAACUGAAACCGGUGGAUCAUCAACAGGUGGAUCUUCAACAGGUGGAUCUUCAACCGAGACUGGUGGGUCAUCCACUGGCGGUUCUUCAACUGGUGGUUCUUCAACAGGUGGUUCUUCAACAGGUGGUUCUUCAACCGAGACUGGUGGAUCAUCAACUGAAACCGGUGGAUCAUCUACUGGUGGAUCAUCAACCGAGACUGGUGGAUCAUCAACUGAAACCGGUGGAUCAUCUACUGGUGGAUCUUCAACAGGUGGAUCUUCAACAGGCGGAUCAUCAACUGAGACCGGUGAAUCAUCUACUUUAACCAGCGGAUCUUCUACUGGUGGAACAUCAACUGAGACUGGUUCCUUAAGUGCAUCAACCAGUAGUUCAGUUUCUUCUUCAGCUAGUUCUUCACCAACGGCAAUAAGUUGCGCAUAUGAUGGAUCAACCUCAGUAGGGUUUUUAGCCAAAGAAUAUGCAUACGAAGCUCCAAUUGACUUAGCUACUUAUCUUGACAACGGGUACGCAUCGGGUACUGUUCUCGAGACAUUACAUGAUGUUAUUGACCUUGAUAUCCAAUAUAGUACCACCACAGUAUUAGAACUCACAGGGUAUUUUAUACCUCCAACAGCUGGUAGUUACACUUUGCAGUUAAGCGGUGUUUCAAGUGGAGGAUCGUUGUAUUUUGGAGCUACCGAAGCUUUCUCUUGCGGAAGUGAGUUAACUAAAAGAGCUGAAAUUUCUCCUUUGAUAAUAGAUGGUACCACAACUAGCGGUGAAAUAACAAUUGACUUGGAGCUGAAUGCCUACUACCCAAUCAAAAUUGUCAACAUUGACACAAAUGGAGAUGAGGAUAUUGUUUUAACAAUUAUCGGUCCAAAUGGAGAGUCAUUAACAAUACAAGAGACUAUCUUAAACUUUGUCAGCGAUACAGGUACAGGAAGUUCCAGCUCUGCUUCAAGUUCAUCAACGACUUCUUCUUCCGCAGGUGUAACCUCAUCGUCUACCUUUUCAUCUACAAUAUCGUCUUCCACUUUAUCAUCAAGUCAACAAACAACGUUGAUAACAUCAACCACAAGCCCCACAGUAACUGGAUCAGGUACUGGCUCGAGUGGAUCAACCACAAGCUCUACAGGAACUGGUUCGAGUGGAUCAGGAUCAGAAUCAGGAUCAAGUUCCAGUGGUUCUAGUGGUUCAGGUGGAUCAGGAUCAGGCAAUGGAUCUGGAACUGGAUCAAGCUCCGGCUCAAGUGGAUCAGGAUCAGGAUCAAGUUCCAGUAGUUCUAGUAGUUCAGGUGGAUCAGGAUCAGGAUCAGGAUCAGGCAAUGGAUCAGGAAAUGGAUCAAGUGGAUCAGGAUCAGAAUCAAGUUCCAGUAGUUCUAGUAGCUCAGGUGGAUCAGGAUCAGGAUCAGGAUCAGGAUCAGGAUCAGGAUCAGGCACUGGAUCAGGAACUGGAUCAAGCACUGGAUCUAGUGGUUCAAGUGGAUCAGGAUCAGGAUCAGGAUCAAGUGGUUCCAGUGGUUCGAGUGGUUCAAGUGGAUCAGGAUCAGGAUCAAGCACUGGAUCUAGUGGUUCAAGUGGAUCAGUAUCAGGAUCAAGUGGUUCCAGUAGUUCCAGUAGUUCAAGUGGAUCAGCAUCUACUUCAACCAGUUAUCCAUCUUCCAGUAUUACUACAUCCUAUGCGAAUAGUGCAAUCUCAGAUAGAGCUAACAAAUACCUACCAUUUAUCAUGACGUUUUUCAUAAUCUUGCUUUAA